UUUGGUGGUUCUAGUGGACGAGAACGUGCGAGCAUGCUAUGCCGCAGUAUUUACUUUGCAUUCGGAUGACGGGCAGCUGGCCAGGAACACGUGAGGGAAAUGAGACGGGCUGUCCAAGUGGCUGACGUUCGCCCGCUCUCCUCCGCGUGUCGCCGCAACCCCCGAACUCCAAGGUCCACCGUCAACUCGCCAUUCGCAGUGCCACAACAGUCAGAGACGCGGACACGACCAUGGACCUCCACGAAGUACAGAAUGCGACCGUCCGGUUUCUGAACGAAGCCAAUGCGUAUCUGGAGAGAAUUCCCGGGUCGUCAAUCGCGGUGCGCUACAUCAAAUCGAGUUAUCAGGACGACCCGGUCCGGAGCGCAGUCGAGCUGUUCUUGUUCCUCUUCGCGGUACGCUACCUGCUUGCGCCCAAGUACAGCACGCAGAAGAAGGUCCACCUGACAGAUGCGGAGAUCGAUGAACUUGUUGAAGACUGGACGCCCGAGCCCCUUGUUGCUCCUCCCACCGCGUUCGAAGAGCUCGACAAUGAGAAGAGGCCGGUGAUUGUAGGACCCACCGGUCCCAAGUCGAAGCUGUCCAACGGCCGCACCGUCAUGAAUCUCGCGUCUCUGAACUUCUACAACUUCGUCGCAAACGAAACGCUCAAGGAGAAGGCCAUCCAGACCCUCCGCACUUACGGCGUCGGGCCUUGCGGUCCUCCCGGUUUCUACGGCACCCAGGAUGUACACAUGAAGACCGAGCAAGAUGUCGCUGCGCACUUGGGGGUACCAGCCUGCAUCAUUUACGCGCAAUCCUUCUCCACCAUAUCGAGUGUCAUCCCGUCUUUCUGCAAGCGUGGAGAUAUUAUUGUUGCAGACAACGCCGUCAAUUUUCCCAUUCGCAAGGGCAUCCAGAUCUCGAGGAGCACGGUGCGCUGGUACGAACACAACAACAUGCAGGAUCUUGAGAAGGUCCUGCAACGGGUCAUCAAGGAGCAAGCGGGCAAGCCGCUCACCAGGCGCUUCAUCAUCACCGAGGGCUUGUUCGAGAACAUCGGCGACGUUGUCGAUCUGCCCAAGCUGAUUGAGCUGAAGCUCAAGUACAAAUUCCGCCUGAUCCUCGACGAGAGCUGGUCGUACGGUGUCUUGGGCCGGACGGGUCGCGGUGUCACCGAGGCUCAGAAUGUCGACGCUACUGAGGUAGACAUGAUUGUUGGUUCCCUGUCAGGACCGUUGUGCGCAGCGGGAGGUUUCUGCGCUGGCAAUGAGGAAGUCGUUGAACACCAGCGCAUCUCUUCGGCUUCGUACACAUACUCUGCUGCUCUACCGGCACUGCUCUCGACGACUGCCAGCGAGACCAUCUCGCUUCUGCAAGAGCAGCCUGAGAUUCUGACCAAUAUGCGCGAGAGGGUUGAGGCGAUGCGCGCACAGCUCGACCCCAGGAGUGACUGGGUCAAGGUCUCGAGUUCAGUGGACAAUCCCCUCAUGUUGCUUGUCUUUAAGGACGAGGUUGUCGCAGCCAAGAACUUGAGCAUCGAUGACCAGAAUCAGAUUCUGCGCGACGUUGUCGACGAGUGUCUCGCAAACGGUGUUCUCAUCACAAGAUUGAGGGCUUUCCCGCUUGGACUCGGUGUCAACCCACGAGAUGCUGGCUGGCAGCCUUUCCCUGCCCUCAAGGUGUGUGUAACCACCGGACUGACAAAGAAGGAGACGGAGAAGGCGGGUAUCGUCAUCAGACACGCCAUCACCAAAGUCAUAUCGAAGAGGAAGUAAAGCCUUGCGAUGACACCCUGACGAGUACGAUUCAUGUUGGUUAUGGGAUUGGCAUCUUCGUUUUCGCGGCAGCGAGCAUUUUUGUUGAGAAUCACUUCUUUGUGGAAAAACGAGUCAGAUAGACAUACUCUUUGUAAUGCAUAAUACUGGUAGUCGCU